GGCAGCAGAAGCAGGUGGUUGGAUCAUAUGAUGUUGUCAGGCGAAGCUGAGGAAGAGCAAGAUCUCUGAAUCACUGAAUCACAGCCCACAUCAAUCCCUACAUUCAAAGGUUAUUGUUUCCUCCCCAGUCGCGUGCACCUGACACUUCACCAACCAUCAGGCAGGAUGUCAUAUGGGUCCAUUGACAGCGGCUCCUUUGGCAGUCGUAACCCAUUUGGAGGUCCUAUGAGGCAGGGCUACCAGCCAGUAGCCACACAGGUCAGCCCCUCAGAACUGCAAGAUGUGUUUCAGGAGACCUCCUCCAAUAUCUUCCAGAUCAAUGCCAAUGUGGUCACACUAGAGAAAAAUCUUCAGUCACUGGGAACGUCGAGAGAUACCGCAGAGCUCCGACAGAGUCUGCACUCCACUCAGCAGCAAACCAACAAAGUCAUCACCAGCACAAGCCAACUCAUCAAACAGCUCUCUGAUAUAAUCAGUGGCUCUUCACGGCAAGACCGUCUGCGACUGACCAGACUAAAGACUGAGCUCUCUGAGUCUGUGCAGCGAUAUGGGGAUCUCCAGAAGAAAAUUGCAGAACGCUCAAGGGCCCUGCUCCCUCCAGCACAGAAAGACAAGAAGAAGAGUCCUCAGACUCCAUCCAGUGAGCAGAUAGAGGAGGGUCCACUGUUUGGAGCAGGCUCAGAGGGAGGAGGUCAGGCUUUCCUGUCUGAGAUCAGUGAGGAGGACGUGGAGGUGCUCCGUCAGAGAGAGGAGGCCUUGCUUCAGAUUGAGAGAGACAUGCUGGAUGUCAGUCAAAUCAUGAAGGAUCUGGCCAGCAUGGUUCAUGAACAAGGAGAUGCAAUAGAUAGUAUUGAAGAUUAUAUCCAGACAACUUCUUCUAAUGUGGAGUCAGCCAAUCAAGAACUUGCCAAGGCCAACCAAUACCAGAGACAGCUGAGGAAGAGGAAGUGUUACCUCCUAUUGGUUGGUGCCAUCAUCCUCACCAUCCUCAUCAUUAUCAUAGCUGUUUCAGCAAGAAAAUGAGGUUGACCACUGUGGUAGCUGUUGUCAUCACAGUGUCACUGCACUGCUCCUGCCCAGUCUGAUCCUUGACCUGAGCAGCUGGUUCCCAGUAGGAGGGAGCAGCCCUGCAACAACAUCUCUACUCCAUCAUCUCUGGCUCUGUUUACAUGUGUGUCAGUCUGAGGAUGGAGGCCUUUCUCAGCAUACCUCCAGUCUUCAUAAGCCUCUUAUGAAAUCAUCACUGUUCCCACUAGUGUUUCCUUUUUUUCUUCUUUUUUUGUAAUGCAGCAGCUGUUUGCUGUAAUCUGAAAGUUAAGUCCCAAAUGCAAAUGUAGUGAUCGCAUGAGAGGCACAAGCUGGGUGUUUCCUGUAUUAAAUCUAACAGGUAAUGCUCUGUUUUGCAAACCUUCAGUCCCAAACACUAAAUCAGAUGAAGGAGAAGUUUCAGAGUGACACUGUCUUCAGCUGCUGUAUAUUCUACGCUCCCUUCCUCGCAUUUUUACUGAAAUGAACUUUGUAUUUAUUAGCUUGCAGUGUAAUUAAUAUAAUUAAUAAUCACUAUUAUAUUACAGUGUUUGUUGAUAUUGGUAAAUACUGUUUGAAUAUAUAUAUAUACCUUCCAAAAUAAAAGUCUAAGUUCAGCAGCAAGCGACAUGUUAUGAGAUGAAUCUUGUUUAUUUCUGCAUCUUUAUAUUUAUUUUUCACUUAGUGAAAUUGAAUUUUUUUUUAAUUCCCAUGUCAUUUUUAUCAUGAGUUUAAGACGGUCUAAAUUUGGCAGGGAUGGACGCUUCCCACCUAGAAAUACAUUUUGCCCCCACACCUACUGAACAGAGUGCACAUUUUAAACUUCUUUUAGCUGCUUUGCAACCCACCUCUCCUCCAGCAUCUGACUCCAUCAUUGCCAUAUCCAUGCUGUGAUGCUGCCCUGUGCUGUCUUGCUGCUCCAACUUUUCAUUUAUCCACAUAGAGGGGUGAGGAGGUCCCUGUACAGCCAUUAUCAGUUACUGUAAUUGGUUUAAAAACACUCUCUAUUUCUUUGAAAUGUGUCUAUAUUCUUAUAGGGUCUAUAACUGACAAUAUAAAGCACCUUGAGGUGACUUUUGUUGUGAUUGAAUGCUUUAAAAAUAAAAUGUGAUUAAAUUAUCUCCUAGGAGCUGCAGUUACAAACUGGUACUUUCAGGUGUUUUUCAUUCACAGGGCCUCUAUUGAUGCAUUUUUGACAGAGUCACUGCUGCAGCUGGUUUAAAAACAAGGUGUACUCUGGCGCCCAUGGUUGAGGCAUAAGUGAGUUGGAUCUGUCACUCCCAACUUGUCAUUUUGUAAUUACUUAGAUUACUAUUGUAAAGGGCAAUUUUCGCUUUAAUCAACUAUAUGGCAAUAUACUAUAUGCAUUUUGCUUAUACCAUACACAACUGUUUCUGUGGUAGAUUCAUCCCUAAAUGAAAUGUUCAUCCAAACAGUGGCAGACACAGGAGUAAGUAACUCAUGCUACAAGUGUUUGAUGGCUUCCAGCAAGAGGUAAUCAACAGCAGUCAGGCAGUUUUCCUCUUGUCUUCAUGGGCCUACAUUCCUAGCAAGACGUUUAAGAUUUAAGAUAGUAAUAGGCUUAAUUUGAUCCGUAAGAGAAGUGAUUAUGCUGUGUGUUAGUUUCUCCCAGCCCUGUGUUGACUCCUAAAGUUUUCUAGAGAUAAGCAAGAUGUCAGGUUGCCCCGUAGGGUCAGGUCUCCCACAGUCUGUCAUCUUUUACUUAACCCUUUUGCUGUAAAAAGCUUUUCUUUUGGAUUUGUCCAUCAUCAUUGAUCUAUCUCUGUCCCUCUCUUUGGAUUUAUCUGGCUUUGAAUUUCCCAACACACUUCAAUCAGUAAUAAUUUCUUCAAACAACACUGACUCACCAGUAAGGAAGCUUUUCAUUUUUAAUAGAGUUUUCAACAAAGAGAAGAAACAAAGAGAUGAAACAUGCAGGGGGGAAGCUUGUCAUUGUUGUUUUGUCUCAGGCAUAAUGUAACAUGAAAUUCAUUUUCUUUUUGUCUGUUGUUGUUGAGAAAGGCCAGAGGAAAGUUUCUUUAAAAGGUUACUUUCUGCAGCAUUUUUCUACUUACUGAAUAUGUAGCAAUAAUAACAAGGAAAGAGCAUUUCCAAAAGCUUUUCAAACAUUUGAAAAAGCAAUAAAAGUCAGGUUUUUCCUUACCUGGAGGCUCUCUAUCUAGAUUUAAUUCUGUGCAGGCUGUUGGACAAACUUAACCCGGUUUCGCUCACAGCGGUUUACUGUCUGAUAGCCUGCUGCCUCUGUAAAUAUAGCAUGAACAAGGGGGAUAAAUCUCCCAGGAAAUGCAGGCUGAGGGGAAUUUCAAUGCAAGGUGGAGCAGUUAUCAUUCCUGGUCAAUGUCUGGAAUGUUAACGAAGGUUUAUUUGAGGUUACAACCCGGAGCAAGAAUGUGUUCAUACAGAACAGGCCAGGUUCUUCCAAUUACUAGACUAUGUUGUUAUCAAAAGAGGUUUAAUGAAAGUAAAGCCAUCUGCUAUAGAAAGAUCUUCAAUUAAUUCAAAUUAUUUUUCAAUCCUUUAUAUGUAUUUCCAGUGUUAGGAGACAGUGGACGCUUAAUUGUGAUAAACAUUUUUCUGUGUUUGGCAAAACAAUAUUAAAAGCCCAUAAGUGGUUUUGUAAUAAUUUGUGAGUACAACAUACAUUUACAAUCAUGCAACCCUACAGGAUAUCAUUGAUAGUCAAUGAACUUACUGUACCCCUUAAUGACCUAUUUUCUCUUCCAGUGGUGGAUGCUCAAGUCAGUUUUAUCUAUAGGCUGUCAAAUCUCCAAAGGUGCUUUGUAUUGUAAGCUAAAGACCCCAAACUAAUACAAUCAGAUGACCUGACCACCUGAAAGCUGAAGGUGCUACCACGCAUUCUACUUUUGAAAAUUCUCAGAAUCACACGCAACACAGAAGUCUAAUAUUGAAGUCCUCUGAAGGUAAGAUGGGUCCUGAUUAUUCAAGAUCUUGUAUGUGAGGUGAAGGAUUUUGAAUUUAAUUCUAGUUUUAACAGGUAGCCAAUGAAGACAAACAGAAAAGAGAAGAAGACCAUGGAAGACAUAUCCUCUCUCUUUCUAGUCCCUGACAGAGAGAGCCUGAGCGAAGCAUCUAUAUUGUGAACAGAAUUGGUCCUAGUAUGGAACCAUGUGGAAUUCCAUAAUUAAACUUGGCUUGAAGAAGACUCCACAUGAACAAACUGGAGUUUGUUAGACAGAUAUGUUUCCCUAAUACUCUAAUCUCUGUAGUAAAAUAUUUUUAGGAAUACUAGGCAGUCUGGCUACACUGAUGAAGAAAAACCUGGGAUUGUUGUUGAUUUCUUCAGUUAAUGUAAAUUUAGUGUAGAAAUAGGUAAAUUUUGGCAAGUAAUAAACAUGGCAAAAAUUUCAAAUAAGGAGUUCAGCAUAUGUGCAAGUAAUCCCCCUUUUCUCCUCUAAUACAGACAUCUCAGAUCUAUAACUCUUGCUGUUAAAACUUCUCUUUUUUUGUUUUUCAGUCCCUGGCCCAGUGGGCUGAGCAUUUUAACAAUGAAACAGCAGAGAUGGAUUUGCAGUUGGAGCCAGCCAUCACAGGAAUUACUUAAUUUUUUCAAUUCCAAAGUUAGCCACUUGGUUUUCUACCUAGAGCACUCCCCUCCACAUGACUCGAGAUUAACUGCAACACCAUGGAAUCCAACGAAAUACCAGUAUGUGAUGCACUUGGAAUAAGAAUGUGUUUUUCAAGCAUGCUCAUCACUGUGCACUGUGCUGUUUAAACCAAAGGACAUUUAGAGGACUUUAUUGAUCUGUGGUUUUCUUAUUGUUAAAAAAAAAAGUCCCCAUGAAAAGCCUGACAAAAAUGAUCUAAAAUAGAUAGUGAUCCUUUCAUACUGUACUGUUUUUGUGUAGGAAGAAUGGCUGUACUACACUGUAAAAAAAAAAAUCCUAAUAUAAAAGUAUCUUACUGUGUAUUUUACAGUUUUGUGCUGUUCUUCUAGAAUAUCCUUA